AUGACUCUCGGUCCUUACAACAUCAGCGAUAUCAUCCGUAACCCGUUCCUUAUUCUGGUCAUCUUGGGCUGUAGUCUGAUCCUCAUUCUGCUCAGCAAGAUGGCCUUGACAGCCCCCCCUGGCCAUUACUGGCGAGGAGCCAUCAUCCCUCAGUUCUUAGGUUGCCUCGACUGCCUAGUACUGUGGUAUGUCUUCAGCGGCUCAGACGCCUUCGUGCCCAUCGUUUUCGCCGUCCCUGCAAGUGGUCCCAUAUUUGGCGCUCUAUGGGUAUGGUGGGACAAGAGGCGUGAGGCCGCUAAAGCCCAGGCUCUGAGGGAAGCUGCUGCUGAGGUUGUUGAGAAAGUUGCCGACGCCUCACCUGUUGCUUCCACUAACUUCGACAGUAACCUGGCCACAAUGGAAAUCGGUCGCUCCCCUGGCUACCUCGAACCAGCAGUAAACUCUAUGAUAACCCCAAAUGGACGUGAAGGACUUGUGCAAACUGCGCAGCCUCCCUCGUCCUCCUCCCCUACUGCUGUUAUCCUCAUGCCGAGACUGUCUCUUGGUAGGAGCUUUGAACUUGAAGUUGACGACUUAGAAAGCGGAUAUGCUACUCCUCGAGAUUACAGGAUACGCACCUUCCCUCCCUUCCUCCCCAUCGAAGUGAGGGCUUUUGCCGCUACCGCAUGCGGUUAG